GUGACGAUCGUCGCGAGGAAGUUGAAGUUUGACGAUGGCGCGUGGUUUUAUAUUGGCUUUGCUCGCCGGCGUGCUCUGUUUCCAAGCCGUCGCCGUCGCCGGUGACGUCUUCAACUACGGCGAUGCUGUGGAUUUGAGUUUCUUGUUUCUGGAGGCGCAGAGGUCCGGUAAACUUCCGGCAGACCACCGCGUCAAGUGGCGGGGGGAUUCUGGCCUCAAGGACGGCCUUGCCCAAGGAGUGAAUUUAGUGGGAGGGUACUACGACGCAGGAGACCACGUGAAGUUCGGGCUUCCAAUGGCGUUCGUCGCCACCAUACUUUCAUGGGGAGCCAUCGAUUUCAACAAGGAAAUUACAGAUCUGAACCAAAUGGACAAUACUCUCAACGCCAUUAAAUGGGCCGCAGAUUACUUCAUCAAGGCCCACCCUCAGCGGAAUGUGCUCUGGGGCCAGGUCGGCGACGGCGCCUCCGAUCACUUCUGCUGGGAGCGCCCCGAAGACAUGACCACUCCCAGAACCGCCUUCAAAAUCGACGAGUCUCAUCCCGGCUCCGACCUCGCCGGCGAAACCGCCGCCGCCCUCGCCGCCGCCUCCAUCGCCUUCAAGACUUACAACUCUUCAUACUCCGAUCUCCUCCUCGUUCACGCCAAGGAGCUGUUCACAUUUGCAGACACAUUCAGAGGUUUAUACGACGAUUCCAUUCCCUGCGCUUCGGAGUUCUACAGUUCAUCGGGAUAUUGGGACGAACUGCUGUGGGCGGCGGCGUGGCUGUUCAGAGCAACCGGAGACGAGUACUACUUGAAGUACACGGUGGACAAAGCGGUGUCGUUUGGGGGAACUGGAUGGGCGAUGAAGGAGUUCUCCUGGGAUAAUAAAUAUGCCGGCGUUCAAGUUCUUCUCACCAAGGUUUUGUUGGAGGGACGCGGUGGGGCUUAUACGACGACGUUGAAGCAAUAUCAGGCCAAAGCCGAUUAUUUCGCUUGCGCUUGUCUUCAGAAGAACGAUGGAUUUAACAUCAACAAAACUCCUGGGGGAUUGAUGUACGUGCGGGAAUGGAACAAUAUGCAAUACGCCUCCGCCGCCGCAUUCCUCAUUGCCGUCUACUCCGUCUACCUCUCCGAAGCCAACGCCAAGCUCAUCUGCCCCGACGGCGUCUUCCAACCGCAUGAUCUCCUCAACUUCGCCCAAUCGCAGGCCGAUUACAUCCUCGGCAACAAUCCAAACUCCAUCAGCUAUUUGGUCGGCUACGGAUCCAAAUUUCCGCAGAAGCUUCACCACAGAGGCUCCUCGAUUCCUUCGAUUUUCACCUAUCCCUCCACCAUCGGCUGCGUUCAAGGAUUCGAUUCGUGGUACCAUCGGCUCCAACAAAACCCUAACAUUCUCCACGGCGCUCUCGUCGGCGGCCCUGACAAGAACGACAGGUUCGACGACGAUCGAUCGGAUUAUGAACAGACUGAGCCUACUCUCACUGCUUGCGCUCCUCUGAUUGGACUAUUUUCCAAGCUGCAGAGUGUUAAUGGCAAUCCUGGAUCGCGCGGAUAUAAGCCGCCGGUAAAACGUGAAGAAGAAUCACCGAAGACGAACGCCCCGGUCCCAGUGCCUGCAGGGUGCCCGGUGGAGUUUAUCCACACAAUAACAAGCACAUGGGCAGUGGGGAAGGAGGAUUACUACAGGCACCAAGUGAAGAUCAAGAACACAUCCGGAAAGCCAAUCAGUGGCCUAAAGCUGCGGCUGGAGAAUCUCUCAGGCCCCAUUUGGGGGCUCUCUCCAACCCAACAGAAAGACAUUUACGAGCUUCCUCAAUGGAUGAAAGUGCUUCAGCCUGCCUCAGAAUUCAAUUUCAUCUACAUUCAGGGUGGCCCUCAGGCCACGGUCACUGUCUCUAGCUACCAUUAACACUGCUCCAAAACAGGUUUGUUUUUCUUCAAAAUGUCACUGAUUUGUAGUGCUCUGUUCUUUUUUUGGUCAAAAUGAGAAGUUUUCUCUAUAGGGAUGUUCAUGUAAUAUAAAAUUGAAACGAUGUUUUUGAUUUUGGUAUACUGUGAGUUAUGCAAGAAGCAUAAUCCGAAUGAAUGUAGUUGAUUUGAGGAGAUGUGUGAUGGGAUCCGGAAACUUAUGGAGUUUAGUUCAAUAUUGAAUCUAA